CAGUUUGAGUUGCUAUCCACAUGGAUAAAAUAUUUCCCCUGCAAAUAUUGUUGUUUUUAUGUAAACGAACAGCAAAAGACACCAGAAUGCACUUUUUGUGAUUGAAGCAUCGACUUUUUCUCGAAUAAUGAUACUUCCACAGUGAAUCAAACCUAAAAUAUUUUAGAAUUUCAUGAACUGAACUAUGGUUGUUGUAAUUGGAUUUGAAGGAAGUGCCAAUAAACUUGGAGUUGGUAUUGUUAAAGAUGGCAUUGUCUUAUCUAAUCCACGACACACCUACAUUACUCCACCAGGUCAAGGGUUUUUACCAAAAGAUACAGCUAAACAUCACAGAGAACAUGCACUAGAUGUGCUACAGAAAGCUUUAGAUGAAGCAAACAUUUCCCCAGAUGAAAUAGAUGUUAUUGCAUAUACAAAAGGCCCAGGAAUGGGAGCACCAUUGGUUUCCACUGCUAUUGUUGCUAGAACUGUGGCACAGCUUUGGAGAAAACCAAUGAUUGCAGUGAAUCAUUGUAUUGGGCACAUAGAAAUGGGACGAUUGAUUACUGGAGCAGUGAAUCCAACUGUCCUUUACGUCAGUGGAGGAAAUACACAGGUGAUAGCAUAUUCCCAGAGAAGAUAUCGCAUAUUUGGUGAAACUAUAGACAUUGCAGUUGGAAAUUGUCUAGAUAGAUUUGCAAGGGUUUUAAAGCUGUCAAAUGACCCAAGUCCUGGUUAUAAUAUAGAACAACUGGCAAAAAAAGGAAAAAAAUUCUUAGAACUACCUUAUGUUGUCAAAGGAAUGGAUGUAUCUUUCUCAGGAUUACUCUCCUUUAUAGAGGAGAGAGCACCACAGCUGCUGGAAAAGGGAGAAUACUCACCAGAAGAUCUCUGCUUUUCCCUGCAAGAGACAGUGUUUGCCAUGUUGAUAGAAAUAACAGAGCGUGCCAUGGCUCACUGUGGAUCUGAAGAAGUUCUCAUUGUAGGAGGGGUUGGUUGUAACAAGCGACUACAGGCCAUGAUGGAAGUCAUGGCUCAAGAGAGAGGCGCCAAGCUAUACGCUACUGAUGAAAGGUUCUGCAUUGAUAAUGGUGCCAUGAUUGCCCAAGCAGGAUGGGAAAUGUAUCGUUCAGGGCAGACAACUCCACUCAAGGAGACAUCAUGCACACAAAGAUUUCGAACAGAUGAAGUUGAAGUUACAUGGCGAAGUUAGCUGGACAAGAAAUCAAGAAAAAAUCAGUAAUUGCCACAGGAUCGGAUCCAGUAAUCUGAAUCAUAUGACAGCUAGGCUAUAUUAUGCCAUAUCUGAUAUUGUAAAACUAGUGUCCUCAUGAAAAUGACACCUGUAAUUUCUCUGUCAGACUGUUAACUCGAGAACAGAAUGGCUCCACAAUAAAAAUAGCUUUGUUUGCAUUAAAUCAUACAAUGUACAGGUUGUAUAUCUCUUAAUUUACACAAUAUUUUAGGUAGUGUUGAUAAUCCCUAUGUUGUAGUAUAUUCUGUCUUUCAUAUUUUGAUUUCCUUUCACUUUGAAUUAAAAUAAAAUUUCAGAAUAAAUUGAAGAAAUAGAAAUACUUUUGUUUUUU